AUGGGGAGCAGCAUGUCAUGUGUUCCCCAACACAACUUCAGGUUCUCCAGCAAGAGUUUCAUACGCAGGAACAGCAGCCGCUUGUUCCGUAAGAAGUAUCCCCAGGAAGGACAGGAGAAGUCCAACAGCAUCAUCAAUAUUCUCUGCACUGUCACUCCAAGGAAGGAGAUGACCCAUAAGGAUCUGCAGAAGAUCGAGAACAUUAAGUGGGAACCUCCGUUCCCUUACGACCCAGCCAAUGGAUGGAAGAAAAGCAGCAUCAAUGUCAAAAAUUAUGGCAGGAUGGUCCACAGCUCUAAAGUCCGCUUCCGCUUUCUCCACUGCAAGGAUGUGCAUGAUUGCUACCUGGACCUCUUCCAGACACACCUUCAUUUUGUCUCCAACAACACCACUGGACUCACCUACCAGGGGACUCUUCCUCUGAAAGAGCUCACCAUCUGCAACCUGCAGCAGAACUGUAACCACAGCCAACUCCAGGAAUUUGCCUUCCAGAUCAACGGUGUCAGCCUGAACCCCAUCAUCGUCUAUUGCUCCAACCAGGAGGAGAUGGACAUGUGGUUCGGCCUGCUCAAAGAACACAUCGAGAUCAACGGGGGCACCCCCAUCGCACCUAUCGAGACCUACACCAGGGUUAAGAAUGUAAAGGAGAAUACGGAGGGGAGAGAGGAGCUGAGGAACUCAAUCAGUAAAGACCCCAUCUAUGAGUGGGAGGGUUCUCAGCGUGAGAGUCUGGGGCCCAUCACUUUCGUGUCCAAAGUCAGUCUGCAGCACCUCCCCUGCCAGGAGCAGAGUGACAGACUACUGGUGAUGUACCCAGCCACUCUGAUCAUCCUAUCAGAAGAGAGCCACGGACUUUACUACAAGGACGUCAAGCCCAACACCUUCAUGAUUGAAGGCAAGAUGAUAAACCCUAUUGUGGUGUCCUGUUUGGAUAAGAGGGAGUUCUAUGACUGGAUCCAGCACUUCAAAGCCUUCGAUGUCCCUGUGGUCAGCCCCCCAUCCCCCGUUUAUGACAUAAUCUACACCCCCACAGCGAAACAGGCUCCAGAGGUUGAUAGGUGGAGUUGGAACAGCCGGAGCCAGAGCCGGAGUGAGUCUCUGAGGCUGGGGCAGUCCGCUGGGAGUGAGUCUCUGAGGCUGGGGCAGUCUGCUGGGAGUGAGUCUCUGAGGCUGGGGCAGUCCGCUGGGAGUGAGUCUCUGAGGCUGGGGCAGUCCGCUGGGAGUGAGUCUCUGAGGCUGGGGCAGUCCGCUGGGAGUGAGUCUCUGAGGUUGGGGCAGUCCGCUGGGAGUGAGUCUCUGAGGCUGGGGAAGUCCCACAGUGGACGGGGGUCUGGUUCCGGGUCCCACCACCUCCAGUUCCCCCCUAGACAUGCGGACAACCCUCUGUCCCCAGGGUACACAGAACCCCUAUGUUACAUCUCCAGUCGGCCCUCCUCCACUGAGACGGCUCGGCUGGGCAGCCACAGUAACAGCGUUUCGUCCCACGCUGCCAGGUCCGAGCGUGACCCCCGACCUUUGUCACAGCGCUGCUCCUACCUCCCCCAUGAGGGGCCGGUGGUGCUGUCCCCUGUGUACAACACCCCCUACUCAGGCCUGCACCGUGACCCCGCCAGCACCCCGCAAUGCCUGGAGAAAGCCACCCUCGUCAAGUCCAACAGCUGGAGCACCCCUCAGACGUCCCCGAAGUACGCAUCGCUCUCCACCCCCCAGCGACACUCAGACAUGUGCGCCCCCCGGCAGCCCCUGUCGCCCCUGUACGAUGAGCCCUGCACCUCUGACACCUACACCCAGGAGGAGGAGAGCUGGCCCAGGCAGCAGCCAACGCAACAAUGUUGGCGAGGACCACCACAGAAGCAGCAGGACCCUCAUCUCCUACCCUCCUCCUUCCAGCUGCGCACCCCUCCCCUGGGCAAGCGUUGCAGGAGGAGCCUGGUGCUCUGCCAAGGCCAGGGGCUGGAGAUGGAGGGCCCUCAGGGGCCAGCAGACCAGAGAACUGAAGCUGUCCCCAGACUAAGGCUGCUGCCUGCACCCAAAGCAGUGCAAGAGGAGGUGGGAAACGGACACUCAAUGGCUCAUAUUCACAUAGCAUGA